GCAGGAGGUGUUGGGGGCAGCCAGCUAAGUGGGGGCUUCCAAGCCUGGGAGGCGGGCGACCCAUGAGGUCACAGAGCCGCGGCUGCUCCCCUUCAAAAGAAACCGCUCUGCCCUCGCCUGCAGGCUCUGAAGGAAGCCAGGGCGACAGCACCCAGCAGCAUGUGGUGGAGAGUUUGCAGCUGGCUGGUGUGGUGGUCUCUUCCAGCGGCCUCCCUGGGCCCCGCGGAGACGGUGGAGGUGGAGGAGGGCCAGCCGGUGACCCUGAGCUGCGUGGCGCCCCCCGCGGAGCGCGGCCCCCUGCAGUGGCUGGCACCCUCGGGGUUCACCAUCUUCUUAAACCAGCAUCGCGCUUUAAAAAAUACCAAAUACCAGCUUCUUCAUCACUCCCCCAAUGAGCUCUCCAUCCGCGUGGCCAAUGUGACUCCGCACGACGAAGGCGUGUACACGUGUUUACAUUACAGCCGCUCCGUGAGGAAAACAAAGGCAGUGAAAGUGGUGGUGCUGGCAACUCCUCUCAAGUCAACCCUGGAAGCCUCCGUUAUCAGAAUGCAAAACAGGGAAGAGCAGGUGGCACUUAUGUGCUCCACAGUGAGGAGCAGGCCCCCGCCACAGAUAACCUGGCAGCUGGGGAACCACACGGAGCUCCCAGGGAACACCUCGCACGCCUUUGACAGCGACUGCAGGGCCUGGAACAGCAGCAGCGCGCUCAGGGUCCCCGCGCGCCGGGGCUCCGCGGUGGACUGCGUGGUGCGCCACAGGGGCCUCCGCGGAGGGCGGCUGGUGGUCUCCUUCCGGUUUGAAGAUUUGGUUACCGGUCAAGAGGUGGCCUCAGAUGCCCCGGGGAAAAGCUCUCCAUCCUCACAAGACGCCCUGCAGGCCGCUAGCACUGUUGCAGUGAUGGAAGGUUUUAGUACAUCAGCGACGGACAAGGAAGAGGAGGAACAAACCACUCAAGACCCCGACUUGACCGCUGGUGCACAUCCUCAGUACGACGGGCUGGUGAGGAGGAAAAGCGGCAUACUGCUGCUCACGCUCGUGUCCUUCCUCAUUUUCAUUCUCUUCAUCAUCGUCCAGCUUUUCCUAAUGAAGCUUCGGAAAGCACACGUGAUCUGGAAGAAAGAAAAUGAAAUUUCAGAAUACACUCUAGAAAGUUACAAAUCGAGGUCAAAUCAUGAAGAAACAUCAUCCCAGGAGAAAUAUGGCCAAACUCCCCGUCCUAAGCGCUGCAUGGACUACAUCACACAGCUGUGCUCAGAAGCGAAAACAAAAGGGAAGGAGCACACGCAGCAGGCGAAGUUAAAGAGAGGGCACACGCGUGUGCCAGAGAGCGUCGUGUAGUGCCCUGCGGCGGGGAGCGUGGCUCGCGGCGGGGAGCGUGGCUCGCGGCGGGGAGCGUGGCUCCCGGCGAGGCGUGGCCAGCACGGGGCAGCGGCGGGAGGAGCCCAGCCUGUGGCAGGAGGAACCUGCGCUGAGUGCCACGCAGGACGGAGUCUUUCUCUGAAUCAGCCCGACUCAGAGCAGCGAGACAGGACUGAACAUGGACCGAGGCUGUGCCACCUGUGGUGCCUGACACUACUCCAAAGCAGGAAGAUGCUGCUGAGCCUUGGACUGGCCAGUGGGACCCACAACAGGGUGCUGUGAUGGGAACAGAUUUUAGAUGGAACUAGUGAAACUACUUGAAACAAAUUGAAAAUCUUUCUGGCCCAGCCUGUGUAGCUCCGUGGUUGAGAAUCAACCAAUGAACCAGGAGGUCAUGGUUCUAUUCCCCGUCAGGGCACAUACCUGGGUUGCGGGCUCAAUCCCAGUGUGG